UUUCCCUGCUUUUCCUCCUUCUGGGUCCGCUGCUUAAUUGGGAGCGAGGGAGGGCUGGGGAAGCUGCCAAGCGCGGGAGGGCUCGGGAGUGUGCGGCUCCGCGCCGGCCAGGGCAGCGCCAGCCCUGGGGCCCCGCACACGUGCACCCGGCCUCGCUCUGCCCGCCUGUGAAAUGGGCACAAGGAGGAAAGCGGGCUGGGGGGAAUGCCGGGGGGAACGGGGCCGUCGCCAGCCCUUUGGGGGCUCGGUCCCCUUCCUUCCCGCGGUGCGUGGGAUGGGAGCAGCGUCGGGCUGGGGAUUGCGACACACCCAGGCGUCGUGCCCUUCGUGGCCCUGCUCCUGCUGCAGCGGAGGCCGGUGGCUGGCCGGGCGCUGCUGGUGAAUGGCCCCGGCUGCCCCGGGAACAGCCUGUGCCGCGCCAACGUCCACGAGCAGACCCGCAAGCAGGUCGCGCUGCUCAACGCCACCGCCCAGGACCUCUUCAGCCUCUACCUGAAGUGCCAGGGCGAGCCGUUCAGCAGUGAGAGCGAGAAGCUCUGCAGCCCCAGCGGCAUCUUCUUCCCGGCCUUCCACGUCAACCGGACGAGUGAGAAGAAGGAGGUGAUGGUGGCCAUGUACAAGCUCUUCGCCUUCCUCAACGCCUCGCUGGGGAACAUCACGCGUGACCAGGAGGAGCUCAACCCCACCGCCAAGGAGCUCCUCGACCGGCUCCACAACACCACCAAAACCACGCGGGGCCUCAUCUCCAACCUCACCUGCCUCCUCUGCAAGAACUACAACGUCUUCCAGGUGGACGUGAGCUAUGGGGAGAGCAGCAAGGGCAAGAGCACCUUCAAGAAGAAGCAGCAGGGCUGCCAGGUGCUCAGGAAGUACGUGCAGGUCAUCGCCCAGGCGGCUCGCAUCCUGCUACCUCAUCUCAGCCCCGUGUGAGCCCCCGACCCGGCUCCUCUCGCCCCUGCGAAGCUAAGGACAGCAGAGGACACCUCCCCGCGCUGCCUUGUGCCCAUUUCACAGCACAGCAGAGCAAGACCCCUAGAACUGCCUCCUCCUCGCCUCUCACCUUCCUAUUUAUUACCUCCUGCUGAUGCUGUGCUGGCCCCAGGUCCCCCCUGUGCUUUAAUUUAUUUGCCCCUUUGCAGUGGCGCUUCCCACACGGAGCAGAGCCGCAGACCCUCCCUUUCGCCCGAGGGCUGCAGGAGGGUGCAGGCACUGCACAGGGCAGCGGGGCCAGACUCUGUCCCCUGCACCCUGGCGUCCCUUGCACCCCAGCAUCCCCUCCGCAGCACCACGGGGAAUCGGGGUGUUCAGCCCCUAGGCUUGCAGCACCUAGCAAAUUUUGUGAAAAACGGAGAAAAGGCAACUCAAUUCUGCCAGGUGGCCUCCAAGGCCGACUGAAAGCCCCCGCUUCCAUGGAGAAAGGGAUCAGGGUCGGGGAGUGCAGACCUCGCACCCUCUGCAGCUGUCAGGGCCAUGGGGAUGCGCUCCCACUGCAUGUUUUGGGGAUGGAUCCCCCCGAAAUGGGGCCGAACUGGGGGCACUGCGGUGGCCAGGGCUGGGUCCUGCCACCUGGGACGAAGCCACCCGCUGGGGACGGAGCCAGCGGCCACGACACCAGGGAGCAUCCCACUGCUUCGGGAAAGCACUGCUCUCACAGGAAGGGCUUCGGGCACCUCUGAAUGUACUGAUGGCCCGGCCCGGGGCUGGGUUUUGCACGGAUGGGGUUUUGGGGCUGGCAUGGGGACGCAGGGACGGACCCCGGGGCCGGGCUGCCAAGGGUAUUUAUUGGCACGGUGGAAAGCCUCGCGUGCGCCGAGCGCUCAGACCUGACUUUUAAUAAUAAUAAUAAUAAUAAUAAUAAUUAAUAAGAUUUGUGGUAAUAUAUAGAGAGAGAAUUUUAUUUAAAUAUUUAUUUUUUUAUACUUUAUCGUUUUCUUUUUUAAAUAAAACAAGAGAAACA